AUGGACGCAUCUCCACCUCUCUCGAUUCCCCGCCUUCGCUUGCCUAGGUACUCUCCACAGCACAGCGACCAAGCCCUUACCCCGGUCGCUGGUCCAUCUCACCGCCUCGACCGCGAUCAUCUCCACGCCUCUGAUGACGACGAGGAUGCAGAGUCUACGCCACGCAUGUCGGCAGCAGCGAUACCAGACAAACAGUCUCCCCGCUCGGCUGCGUCCCCCGGGCUCCCUGCGUCGAACCCAACUGCACGUCUUCGGGCUCUCUUAGCUCGCGUUCCGAACUCGCCCAACGCUCAUGCUUCCUCUUCCCGGCCGCCCAUCACACUUCCCUCGAGCUCGGAGCCUGAAUCCGACUUCGAACCACCGCAUUCCAUCCGGAUCUCAUCCAGCAUCGCACGGGACAGCUUGAAGGAGCUAUUCUCUAACGCGCUGCGCGAACCUGGAAACACCCCGCGUAAGGCUGGGCGGCCACGGAGGAAUAGCAUUGACGCGAGCGAGGUUGAGACGAGCAUGAGCGUAGAAGAGGAGCGCGCGAAGUACAAGGCGAGGCGACGCACGCUCAGUGAUGAGGAAGCGGAGAAGUCGAGACGGUCGACGCGUUCUCCUGCUGCCUCCGCUUUCGACGCGCUCCGACAACGCCUCAAUCAAUCCACGUCGGCCAUGCCUUCUCUAUCGCACGACCAAAUGGUCAUGGACAUGUCUAUGCCUCCUCCGAACUCGAGUACGGAUACCGCCAUGCAGCCUGGUGCUCCUGCCGAUCAGUCCUCCGAUACGCCACCUCGCGCCACCAGCACGCCUAUGCGUACUUUCCAAAUGUCUGCGAACAUCACGAACAUCAAUAUACACUCUAGUGAGUGCCUGCUUCUAGACAAGAUCGUCCUCUUCUUGCGUUUCUUGGUUGCCGCACUUGACAAUGGCGUGUAG